UAUGAGAGAGCUCCUUAUCUUAUUGUCUGGAAGCUUAUGUAUUCUGAAGUUUCUGCUCUAAUAGCAUUAAUGGACCAGGAGAGCGUUGUGGUUUAAAAAAACAGCAGCAUGUGGUUCAUUUUCAUAGCAGGUGUGCUUUUCUAUUGUUAUUUUUCACUUACCGUUUGGAAUGCAAUAUUGAACAUCGUUGUCAAUGUAUUUUUCUUUUCCCCCACGAAGACAAGAACAUGACCACCAAGCAGGGGUGAGCUGCAAGGAGAAGGGGCUCCGAAGCUGUAGGCAGGAAGACGGACCUGUUUCCUUUCCGAGUUACUCCCGGGCUGCAGGAAGGCAUGAGGUGCAGUCCUGGACAGCAGCUACCAAGCGAUCCUUGUGUCUCCUGUGGCAGAAAGUAAAAGUACAGCUAGGCAUGUCUUUCCUUGUCGCCGUUUUUUGGUACUGCAGAAGGCUGUACCACUGUUUAACACAGCUAUUGAAAUGGUGGACCAGCUAUCUUCAGAGAAGAUUCAUAAAGAAUGUCAGCGUGUCACCAGAAGUCGAUCUCCUUGGUUAUUGUGGAAGAGAGUGGAAAGGAGAGACAAAGCAGGCCAAGCAGAUACGGGAGGCAUAUGAAGGCUUGUUUUGGACAUAUCACAUCAAAUACCUACGACAAGUCAGGAGAGACAACUACUCUGUACUAAGAGCAGUGCUUUUUCAGAUAUUCAGCCAAGGCAUUCCUUUUCCAUCAUGGAUGAAGGAGAGGGAUAUAUUAAAGCUCCCUGAGAAGCUUUUAUAUUCUCAAGGUUGCAACUGGAUUCAGCAAUACAGUUUUGGGCCAGAAAGAUACACGGGUCCCAAUGCCUUUGGAAAAUUGCGCAAGUGCAUGGAAGCAUUAAAGACAAGCUGGGCUGAAGCAAGCAGUAUUAAAGACCAUGAAGAAAGAGGAAAUGUGUGUAACAUACUUUUUUCUGAUGAGAUCAAGGAGCACAAACUAUACGAGGCUAUAAAAUUUGUCAUGCUCUAUGAGGUUGUCGAAGCCUAUGAGCAGAUGAAGAACAGGGAGGGACAUCUACCAAACCUUUUCAGCCUCCUCCUUGCUCGUGAUUCUUCUUCUGACCCCUUGAGCUUCAUGAUGAAUCAUCUGAACACCGUAGGUGACUCUGGUCGCCUAGAACAGGUUGAAAUGCUUCUUCUUGGACACUUACUGGAAGUAAAGAUAAAAAUUUACAGACUGCAUAAGUUUAAUACUGAAGAGUUUCAAGUAAACUAUCCACAUGAGUAUAAAAGAGAAUGGCAUGAGAUCUCUCUUCUGACUGAGGAUGACCGCUACUAUCACAUCCCUGUUACCAGAACAUGAGGGACCAACGAUCUUUAUUUUCCUUUGUAUAAUAUAGGCCGAUUUCAGCAUUACUGCCAAGAGAUGUGAAGAUUUCUUUUUCAAAGGGUCUGAGAAACCUCUGCACCGAAUAUGUUCUCAACACUUAAUUUUCACAAAAGGUUCAUUUUUUGUGUGUGUGCAUUUAGUAGAGCAUGUGUGUAUUAUAUCCUCUGUGUAUAUAGCAAUCUCUUUGCAUAAUAUUGCUAUCUUUAGUCUGAGCUUCAGAGUUUGAAGAAGUUUUUCUGGGAAAACUAAGACUUGCUUUGGUAUGUGGAAUGCUUUGUAAAGAUCCAUUUUCUAAAAGACUGAACUAUUUUGAUUAUUUCUUAAACAAGGGACCUUAACAGGAAUGCAUAUUCAAGUGAUACAGCAGAUUUUGAAAAAAUAUUUAUAUGUGAAAAACUUAUGAUGCUAUAGGCAUACAGGUUGCAUUCAAAAGUGGUAUUUUAUUAAGAAAUGAAGCCUUUCCUUAACAAGGAUGGAAAUAUUCCUAGGAAUAUGGGGACAGGCAAGUUUGUUUCUAAAUCUUGUGGGAUUCAGUAUGAAUCAGUAACAGAAAUGUGAAUUGGGCCUGCAGGAGUGAAGCUGUGCUGGGUGGUGACUCAACAGUAAGUUUUGGAGCGCGUAGGAACUGUUCUGUUCCUUUGGAGAAAGGAAAGCUGUUUUAUCCCUUACAGUCCUUUGAUUUGUGU